CAGAUUUGGUUACACGUGAGGCGGCAGGGGCUUAAUAUUACACAGGCCGAGCUCAGGGCUCCACUCUCGUCCACUACACUGGUCCAGUGGCUGUUCCGGUCCUGGGAGCGUUGUGCUAGGAGAGCGUCACCAUGCCUAAAACCUUAGUGCCAGAGACCGAUGAUAAGAUACGUGCCUUCGCGGAAAAGGUCUUCGCAUCCGAGACCAAAGAUGAGAACAUCCGGGACGAGAUCUCCAUCUUUGACGUGGCUGAGGACUGCCCCAUCCUCCACCAUGAGAUGGCCCAUCACCUGCACACGGAGGAUGAUGCCGAGCGACGCAAGCGGCACCUGCGCUGCCGCACCAUGACCGUGCCCACGGCCGCCGUCCAGGUGGCCGCGGCCCCCGUGGUGUCCGUGGAGGUGGACACCCCCACGUACCUGGAAGUGCCCGACUUCCAGAGAGUGGCCAUCGUCGGAGACUACGCCGCCGGGGUGACCAUGGAUGACUUCGAGCUGUCCUGCAAAGGCCUGUACCGCGCCCUGACCAUCAGGGAGAAGUACAUGAGGCUGGCCUACCAGCGCUUCCCGCGCACCGCCUCACAGUACCUGCGCGAGAUCGAGGGCGGGACCUUCAAACCCGAGGAUCAGCUGCAGCCGGUUUUCACACCUCCUCCGAAGAGCGGGGAAGACCCCUUUGAUGCCAAGGACCUGCCAAAGAAUCUGGGCUACGUGGCUCGCAUGAAGGACGGGGUCAUCUACGUGUACAACGACGCCGCCGCCGCCGACAAGCACCAGCCCAAGGACCUGCCCUGCCCCGACUACGCCACCUUCAUCGACGACAUGAACUUCCUCAUCGCUCUCAUCGCACAGGGCCCAACUAAAACCUACACUCAUCGCCGUCUGAAGUUCCUCAUGUCCAAGUUCAACGUGCAUGAGAUGCUGAAUGAGAUGGAGGAGCUGAAGGAGCUGAAGAUGAAUCCCCACAGGGACUUCUACAACUGUAGGAAGGUGGACACUCACAUCCACGCGGCCGCCUGCAUGAACCAGAAGCACCUGCUUCGCUUCAUCAAGAAGUCGUACCGCGUGGACGCCGACCGGGUCGUGCACAACCUCAAGGGUCGUGAGGUCACCAUGAAGGAGCUCUUUGAGUCCCUCAACCUGCACCCAUAUGACCUCACCGUGGACUCACUGGACGUGCACGCUGGUAGACAAACCUUCCAGCGCUUUGAUAAGUUCAACGCCAAGUACAAUCCUGUGGGAGCCAGUGAGCUGCGUGACCUGUACCUGAAAACAGAGAACCAUAUCAAUGGAGAGUACUUUGCCACUAUCAUCAAGGAAGUAGCCAGUGACCUGGAGGAUGCCAAGUAUCAGUACGCGGAGCCUCGUCUGUCCAUCUACGGCUGCAACGCCAACGAGUGGAACAAGCUGUCCAGCUGGUUUGUCAAGCACAGGGUCUUCUCCCCGAACCUCAAAUGGAUGAUUCAAGUUCCCAGGAUCUAUGACAUCUUUAGAGGAAGGAACUUUGUGCCACACUUUGGAAAGAUGCUGGAGAACAUUUUCCUUCCCAUAUUCCAGGCCACCAUCGACCCACAGUCCAACCCAGAUCUCAGCAUCUUCCUCAAGCAUGUGACAGGUUUCGACAGUGUGGACGACGAGUCCAAGCACAGUGGUCACAUGUUCUCCACUAAGAGCCCCAAACCCGAGGAGUGGGACAUUGCCAAGAACCCGUCCUACACGUACUACAUCUACUACAUGUAUGCCAACAUCGCUGUCCUCAACCAGCUCCGAAAACAGAGAGGAAUGAACACGUUCCUGUUCAGGCCUCACUGCGGCGAGGCCGGCGCCAUCACGCAUCUGCUGGCCUGCUUCAUGACCGCCGACAACAUUUCUCACGGCCUCAACCUCAAGAAGGGCCCCGUGCUGCAGUACCUGUAUUUCCUGACCCAGAUCCCCAUCGCCAUGUCCCCCCUCAGCAAUAACAGCCUGUUCCUGGAGUACGCCAAGAACCCGCUGCUGGAGUUCCAUAAGAAAGGCCUGGUGGUUUCUCUGUCCACUGACGACCCCAUGCAGUUCCACUACACUAAGGAACCUCUGAUGGAGGAGUACGCUAUUGCAGCGCAGGUCUUCAAGCUCAGCACCUGUGACAUGUGUGAGAUCGCCAGGAACAGCGUGCUGCAGAGCGGCCUGUCUCAUGAGGAGAAGGUCCACUUCCUGGGUAAAGACUACCUGAAGGAGGGUCCGGAGGGCAACGACAUCCGCAAGACCAAUUUGGCCCAAAUCCGAAUGGCGUAUCGCUGCGAGACGCUGUGCUAUGAGCUCAAUCUCAUCAAGGACGGAAUGAAGAUUGACUGAACACACUCAAGUCCAGCGUAACUUGUGUCAAAGACGUGUUCCUACAUUUGUUUUCAUGGUAACGCGUAAACGAGUGAAUAAUAUAGAAGCCUUUUCAGACACUGAUGUCCUCUCUACAAACUAAAAAUAUUUGAUCAUUGUAUUUAAAUGUGGGGAAGCAUCGUGUAUAAGAAUGACAAUAAAGACAAUGUUAACAAGU